CUAGGUUGUGAUUUGGCGAUCGAGCGUUGAUGAUGGAUCCAGAUCGAGAGAAUUAGCGAAGAUCGGCGAUCUAAAAGAUCUUGAAUAGGGAGCUAGCAGUCGAUGAAUUCGUAGAUUGAUAAGGAUGCAGAAAUAUUUAUGAACUAUCAUGGAGCGAGAAGCGUCAUGGGGGGACGCCUGAAGGGGCGUUGAAUGUGACAGUGUAUUGGUUUGGUGAGAUUCAGAGAGGGCAUAGGAAGAGAAGGAGUGCCGGUGAUGAUCAUCUUUUGAUUGUUAUAAAUUUAUAAAAGCGCUAGGCAUCUUGGGCCUAGGAGCAUAAGUGGAUUUCUUUCUUUGUUUAAGUGAUGAUGGAGGAGGUUUUGCUGAAAGUCGGAGGAGGUGGAUGUGUUCAUAGUUGGCGGAGGAGGAUGGAGGAGGUUGGAGGACGUGGAGACUACGGCGGAGGAAAUCACGAGCAAGACCAAAGUGGUGCAGUCUGUGUAAGCUGCCCAUGCUCCCCAGACAAGAAAAAAUAAUGAACUAGAUAAUAUAACUAUGAGCAAUACCAUUGUUCUGCUUGUCAAGCACAUGCAUUUUUUUGUGGGCUUUUUUGUUUUCAAUUUUCAUUUUUGUAUUCUGGUGUUGCAUUAUGCUCUCUCCCUUCUUUCUAUAUGUUUUUUGCUACCUCCUUAUCCAUAAUCUAUUUGCAAGUUCAUUAAAUUAUUUUAAAAUCAGUACUUUUAUGACGCUGAUGCUAAGAAUGCAUCCGAGACUGAGGAGAAAAUUGCAGAAGAACCUGCUCAGCCAGUGAGAGAAGAAGUCUUGCAGCCAGAAGAUCUAAGGAAUAGAAUUGCUGAUCUAAACGAAAGUUUACGAGGGUCUCCUGCUUUAGAUGAACAUGAAUAGGCUGAUAAUGAAACUGGAAAAAGUCAUUAUAGUUCUGAUCAUGAUACCGAAAUCAAUGAAGACACGAUCAAAAAGGCAAUUGAAAAAAGAGUUCCUUACCUGAGAUAUAAUCUUAAGAUUACACUGGGAAAACUUCGUCGCCUGUUAGAAGAAGACCUUAAACUUGAGAAGAAUAGUCUAGAUGCUUUUAAAAAAAUUCAUCAGCGAUGAAUUGGAUGCUGUCUUGCAAUCGGAUGAAGUUAUUCAAGCUACAAAUGGUACUAAGAAAGAAUCUAAAAAGACCUCCAAUAGAGAGUCACAGGAACAACAGGCAAAGGCGAUAAGAAGUCGAGGAAGGAUUCAGACUCCUCAGAUUCAGAUGAUGUUUUUAGCGACAAUGAAGAAGAGGAGGAGAUCAAAAAAACCUAAAAAGAGGCCUGCACAAAAAUUGAAAGUAGACACAAAAGGUUCAAAGAGACAGAAAAUAUCAGCACAAAAGAGCAAAGCAUCAAGCGCUGGGAAGAAAAAACCAGUGGAUAAUGACUUAGAGAAAAGUGAUGAAAGUGAUGGUGGCAAGUCUGAAGAUGAUCGUUCUCAGUCAUUAGGCGAAGAGGAGGAAGUUAAGGUCGUCAGCAUACUGUCUUUAAAAGAAAGAUGUGAGAGAGCAUCAAUUGAUGAAGUUUAUCUUGACUUAACUCAGGCUGCUGAAUCAAUGUUAUUAGAAACUCCUCCUGAGGUGUUGGAGGAGAUAGAUGAGGAGAUGUUGAAAUCACAUGUUCUGGGUGUGACUGUUUGAAUUUGAUAACCAAUAAAUGGCUGACAUGGGUGAAAGAUCAUAGAGUGAAGAGGAGGAGAAAGUUGAUAUGGAGAGUUGUUGCUUAUAGUCAGGGAGUGUCACUGAUGGACCAGUCUCUAACACGAUUGAUGGAGUUAAUGGGGGUGCUUAAGCUGAAUGAGGAAGAUGAUGAGUAUAUCAUACUGAAGCAUCGAUUCUAUUUGAGCAUUGGUGCUCUUUCACAGCAGUGCACGGUUGUUGAUGCUUAUCGGAGUCUUCAUUCUUCUCCGAUGGAGAAAGCUUAGGUUGAAAGUUUCAGGAUCUUCAAGGAGGUCAUGGAAGCUAAGAGAGGGGGGAUGCAAAUGUUGUUCAUUCAUGGUAUGGAGCAUUGAAGGAUGAGGUUAAUCAAAUCAUGAAGAAUGGCUUUCGUGUGUGUAGAUUGCCUGAGAAUGUUGGACCCUAUGGCUUUGAUCUGCAUCUUUGUCCGGAUCUUCCUGCUCGCGAAAGUGAAGAUGGACUGAACCAUAUGGUGAUCUGUCGUGUCAUCUUGGGAAGCACAGAGACGAUACUUCCCGGCUCAAGACAAUUAGGUUCAAGUUCUGGAGAUUUUGAUUCUGGUGUAGAUAACCAGCAAGCUCCUUCAAAGUAUAUUGUCUGGUAUCCUGAUGUCAAGACACAUGUACUGCCUCUUUAUACGGUUACUGUCAAAAUGGAUCUGAAUUCAAGAGGGCUGCAGAGAAAACUAUAUGCCACAAGGCCUGGCUCCGAGUGGAUAAUAAAGUAAUCCAAUUUCUUUAGCAUCAAGAUACUAGACAGCUCCUUAUUUCCGUAUGUGUUUUCCCAAAUGUAUAGUUACGAUACUCUGGUUUAAUAAAGUACUCCAAUUUUCAU